AUGACAGACCCAGCCACACCCCCAGCCGACUCCAAUAUCGAUCAUGCAGCCUCCUUGAAGUACUGGAACAGUCAACCCGCCACGCCAGGGAGCAUGUUGGGCGAAUUCCCCUCGGUGUCACGCAUUGACCUCCAAGGAUCAAAGGGCUUCCUAGCCAAAGUACGCCGCCUAAUUCCAGGAAUCCCAUCCGAAGGCAAAUUUGCCCAGGGCGUGGACUGCGGCGCAGGCGUCGGCCGCGUGACAGAGGGAUUUCUCAGCCAUGUCUGCGAAAAGGUCGACGCAGUAGAGCCCGUUGCCAAAUUCACCAAGGUUCUGCAAGACAGUGCCGUCGCCAAGACCGGUGUUGUAGGGACUGUUUACACCAAGGGUCUUGAAGACUGGUAUCCCGAGCGGAAAUACGAUCUCAUUUGGACGCAGUGGUGUGUGGGCCAUCUCACGGAUUCCCAGCUGAUUGAUUACACCGUGCGGUGUCGCAAUGCCUUGACUGAGAACGGUCUCAUGGUUGUUAAAGAGAACUUGUCUACCCAUAAUCUUGGACAGGACAUGUACGACGAUGAGGAUAGCAGCGUCACCAGGACGGAUGCCAAGUUUAAACAGAUUUUCCAGGCUGCUGGGAUGACUGUCAUUAAGUCGGAAUUGCAGAAGGGGUUCCCCAAGAGUUUCAAUCUGCUUCCUGUGCAGUCUUAUGCUCUGCGGCCAGCCACAACGGAGUAG